UUUUGUUAUCAUUUCGUGGAGAAGUGGAGAUAGGACAGUCUUGCAGACGAGUUGUCUUUACCAGGACAUAGAGACUGAGAAAAUGAUCUCCAACAAGAAAUGUCUAUCUUCGAGCAAGCGAGCCUGUGAAGCAGGCAAACCUGUGAAACAGAGAGGCAGGAACACGUGUUGGCGCUCGCAGCAGAGAUGCAUCUCUCUGAUCACGACCCUGAUUGCGACUCUCCGUGGGGUAGAGGCUGAAAGGAACAAGCGCGUUCGAGGUUUGCCAGCCGUAGGUAUUGAAGGAAGUCUACGUCGUCUAAAGCUUGUUGAAAUGUUGUUGUUGGGUAAACCACUACUAUUCAUCGACCCCCAGUUGAAUGGACAAACUCGUAAACUGCUACUAAUACUAAUACUAAUACUAAUACUAAUACUAAUACUAAUACUAAUACUAAUACUAAUAUGUUCCUUCUUGGUACCUGUAGGACUCUUCUUUUCUUUUUUUCUCAAAAACUAAUCUUCAAUCUAAUCUGUAUUUAUCGUGGUCACAAAACAAAAACUAAUCAAACUAAUCAAUCUACUCUUACUAAUCUCACAGUUCCUCUUUAUUUUAGGUCAUUCACCUGCGGAUCUUCACAGCAGCGGUGAGGGUGUAGGGCUACGCGGAAUUAGGAAUUACCUUCGCGGAUCAUUUUUAAGUAUUGACGCAGAAGCAAAAAGCACAGACGGAAAAGGCACAGACGGAAAUGACGGCAAGGCGGAUAGUUGCUCAAAAAUAUGUACUGAAUUUACGACCACUAAUAUGCCCACAAAGAAAACUAAGCGGUUUACUUUCCGUCGACUAUAUCCGUUCCAACCACUAUUAGGUAGUACUAAUAUUACGAAACAACUAGUACAAUUGAAGCUACAAUUAUCCUAUUCUUUUGUAGUUCUUUGGAAGUAGUUCGCUGGUCACCUUGAUGACCUCAAUCGAAUCGUCCAUUCAUCAUCACCUUUGUUCAUCAUCACCAGUCAUACUUUAUAGGUGGAUCUGUCGUGACCGUGACGAGGCCUGGAUUCCCUUUCAAAAUUCCCUUUAGGUCCGAGUAAGGAGAAGGAAGAGGAGACGCUAAAGACUGCCGCUGUCUCUUCAGGUGCGCCCGUGGCUGAGCCCAAGUCCAAGAACCCGGAAAUGCAACCCGAACCAAAGCCGCGAAAAAUGGUAGUACUCGAAGAUCGAACUAGAAUACAAUAAGUUUUAUCCCUUUGAAGUUGUGAAGACAGAUAAUAGAAAUGCCAACUUGAUUUUAUAAAAGUUUGUAACUUCUGCAUGUUCCCAAGGGACCUCCUGGCCUCUGCUCCCCCUCGCAGGCUGGAGGUCUCCGGGGUAGAAGGCCGCCGAGGGCGGCCACGGUCUCACGAGCAACCUAGCAGGCCGAUGACCAAGGACCUGGAGGGUACAGGCCACACGGCUCAGGGGGUUCAGCUUUGCGCCCUUCGCCGCCUUCGGAAGCCUUCCACACCCGGCGCACUGCUGCGGCGGCGAAGCGCUUAGGCAGCAGUCUGUAGGCUACACGCAGGCAGCUGGAAGGGGGCGGAGGAGGUCCCUUGGACCCCUUUGGAAGCCUUCCACCCCCGGCAGACGCUUGCAAAAGGGGCCCGGGGAUCCACGGCCCCCGCCCCCUCACUUACAUUUUAUUUCUGUAAUAAAACAAAGGUACCGCUAGGCGAGCUCAACAACCCACAGGAUCAGGCCCAAGAGAUCAACGACAGACUAAAGCACGCAGAAGCAUUGGCAAACUACACCCCACCGCCGGAUGCACAUAAAAAUAUAUUUUAUAUACUCUUUGUUCAUGUAAGUCUAAGUGAUGUCUUAUUAGUUAUUUUAUGUAACCUACUUACAAAUUAUCAUUUGUUGCGAAAAACAAAAAGUAAGUCUCUUCUCUUCUUUGUUUCUGAUGAUUCAAAUGUCCUAGCUAGGAUCUUCCCACUAGCACUAGCAUGUAAAAAGGAAGUUCUGAUUCUGAGUGGACUCAAUAAUAUCCAAGAACGAUGAUCAUGCCUAAUAUGCAUAGAAGAGCAAGAAGUUGUAGAGGAGGUAUCCAUCGCGAUCCACCCAUCCAAGAAGCAAGACAAACUGCAAAGAUGAAAAUGAUCAUUGCACCUCUCAAAUAGGAUAACGAUUCCUUUACUCCUCGUAUUCCUUCUGCCCCUGGUACCACUCCUACCAUUCCCACUACUCCUACCCCCGUGUUUCUCCCACUCCUACUCCUCCUACUUCUCCCACUCCUCCCCCUAAGCUUCCUAACCUACGACUUUGUCGUUAAAAACUCUACCCUUCAGCUCGAGAAGAACUUGCUAAAGAAGCGGAAAUCAUUCAAGGAGCCCUGGAUAAAACUGAUGCGAAGCGGGAGGUACUCAACUAAGAUCUUUUUUUUGGAUGGUAUUGUUCAUCCAUUUGCAUUUGCUUUCCAUUUUCAGCCAGAAGACCGAUCAAGAAGGGGAAUAGAGUGGACUUUUAUUUUUACUUCUAAGUAGGUAGAGUGUGAAACUACAAUACAAUAUAGAACAAGAUAAGAAAAUUUUUUUGAGGUAGUAUACAACUUAAAUCUAUCAGAAAGAGAAAGCGGAGUUUGACGCAAAAUUUGACGCAGACAAAAAGAGGUUUGACGCGGACCAUGAAGACUUCCGGCGGAACCACCCCCAGACGCCGGAAGAAGAGAAUCGCAGUAGGGAGGAGCUGGAGAAGGCCUUGGCAGGGACCAACCGGCAGCACCAGCAGCUGUUGGACGAGCAGGCAGAAAUGGAGCGGAAGUUCCAGGAGCAAAUGGCAAAGAUCAACAAAUAAAACAAGAACGGCAGUUUCUGACUUCGAAGAGGAAAAAGCAUCAGGCAAGUAAGUGAUGUUGACAUUGUCGUAUGAUGUUUGAUUUCAGUAGUAUAAGGCGCUCACGACUUACUACUACUUACAAAGGAGCUAGUACGUAGAUUUGAUUGUUUAGUCUUGCAAGUAGUAUUACACGUGGAGGUUCUUGAAUACGUUUUUACACGUUUUGACGAAAAUUCUUGAACGUAGUAGUACUACAACGGGAACUUGCUUCAAUAUUGGAUCUGAAGUGCCUCUUGACUUGUUGUGUAAAAAUGUGCAUAUUUUUUUUGAUCUUUAUCACAGACACAUACUCAACAGACGGAUGUCUUUGUUUUGAAAAACUGUAAUGUAGUUUGGUCUUCCUCGGGUCACACGACACUGUAGAGAAACUAGAAUCAACCAUGCAUACGAAAAAGAGGAUGUUGUAGUCGUGGUCUUCGUGAAGAUAUACAAAACAUAGGAAAUGAACCUCUCCUGUCUUCCCUUACUCUUCGGACUGUGCCACCUGAAUGGGAUAACCACUACUGUACUGCGAUGAAAUAAAAAAGGGAAACUACAACAAAUAAAUGUAAUUUUUUCCAAGAAGAUGAAGAUGAGGUUUUUUUUUGGUUACAUGUACGUACCAGAAGUUUGGGAAGAUUAUGUAAAUGUUACGAGAAUGAUUUUAGAUCGUGGAGGCAGG